AUGGAGUCCAGUGAGUCGUCAGGUCGGCCAUCAUUUUUAUCCCCCAUGGAUGAAAAUCUCGAAAUCUUUGCCUUGCUUUGGUUGUAUUCACCAAUCGAUGAUCAACAUGAAAAUGCUGAUAUUCAACAACAACUUCGUUCGAUAAUAAACUAUUUAAAACUAUUCGAUGAUAUCGAUGAUUGUGAACAAUACAUUCGAUCAUUAUCAAAAGAUGAUCGACUUGUUAUAUUAACUGAUGAUAAACUUGCUCUGCCAAUCACUUCACGUGUACAUGAUCUUCGACGUAUUACGUCUAUUUAUAUUAUUUCAUCCGACAGCGAAACAACGUUGGGAUGGGUUGAGCAAUACAAGAAAAUAAGAUGCGUUCAGAAUGAUGUAAAUGAAGUUAUAGCACGAUUGAAACUCGAUCAUAUCAAACGAAAAAAGUUACAAGAACCACUGAAGAUCAAUAUUUUCGAUACUAACCAAUGGACGGAUAAUUCUCCGUCGAAUACCAACGCGCAUUUCCUUCAUUUACAAUUGAUAAUCCAAUUUUUAUUGAAUACCAAACUAACCAAUGAACAAAUCCUGGAAAAUAAAAAAGAACUCAUCGAUUUAUGUAGAAUUGAGUAUCGAGACAACGCCGAACAGUUGAAAAUUUUGAACGAAUUCGAGCACAACUACCUUCCAUCGAAUGCGCUAUGGUGGUACAGUCUCGAUUCAUUUCUCUAUCAAUUAUUAAACAAAUCUUUGAAUACAAUUAAUGUCGAUUUACUCUACAUCCUCCAAUUCUUCAUUCAUGAUCUUAUUCGCCAACUACAACUAUAUCAAUUGUCAUCAGUCAAACGUGUUUAUCGAACAUAUUUAAUAUCCGCCGAUGAAUUAGACGUCUUCGAAGGAUCUAUAGGAAAAUACAUUUCAAUUAAUCGGUUCUUUUCCGCAUUUAUAAGCCGUGAUAAUGCAUUAGAAUACUUCAAUGAUUAUGAACUAGAUGAUGAAACCACGAAAAAGAUUCUUUUCAAAAUCGAUGCCGAUCCACGUCUUGCAAAAAUUAAACCAUUUGGGGACAUUGCUGUGCAUAGGACUACAGCACAUGAAGAAGAAAUCCUGUUUUCUUUGGGAAGUAUCUUUCGUGUAAAUAGUAUCAAUCGAAAUAAAAGCCAUAUUUCGAUUAUACAUUUAAUCUUAUGUAGCGAUGAUGAUCAUCAUCUCAAACCGAUAUUUGACCCUAUUAAACAUCAAUAUGCAGAUACGGAAAUCAAUCUUCUUUCGUUUGGUAAUGCAUUACGACGAAUGGGCAAAGUUGAUGACGCCGAAAAGUGUUAUCAACGGUUGUUACAAGAUUCAACGUAUGAUCAAGAUAUUAUUAGUCGAACAUAUCACCAUCUUGGUCGAAUUGGAGAAAUGAAAGGCGAUUACGACAACAGUCUAGAAUGGUUGAAUAAAUCUCUAGAAAUCAAAUUGAAGAUCAUGAAAGCUAACGAUCCAAGUAUUGCACAAAGUUACAAUUGCAUCGGUAUUGUUUAUCAGCAAAAAGGUGAUCAUCAGAAAGCGUUAGAUGCAUUCAAUAAAGCAUUGAAUAUAUGGAAACGAGCGUUUGGAAAGAAUCAUCCCAAUGUUGCUGGAUGUUACAAUAAUAUGGGCGUUGUCUACAAACGCGAAAAGAAAUACGGUGAAGCACUCGAAUCAUUUCAACGAGCAUUAGCCAUCCGUGCCAAACAUCCCACUGCAAACAAUCACGAUCUAGCCGGUUCGCAUAACAAUAUUGGAGCAGUUUACGAACGUCUUGGCCAUCACGAUCUAGCUAUUGAACAUUACAAUCUAUCGUUAAAAAUCAAAACCAAAUCUCUUCCACCACAACAUCCAUCUAUAGCGUCGACAUUGGAAAAUAUGGGUUAUGUGUAUGAGAAUCGAGAAGCGUAUAUACAAGCACUAUCCUAUCUUCAGAAAGCAGCAGUCAUCUAUCGACAUGCUUUACCGCCGACCCAUCACGAUGUGCUGCAAAUCGAAGAAAGUAUUCGACGUGUGUCAUCCAAAUUGUAA